AUGGCGACUCUUGGUUUUCAGGUUCUUGUACAGGCUUUAGAACAACUGAUCAAAGUCGAACCUUCAGGGAAAAUGAGUUCAUAUCAAUUGGUGUGGUUGUAUGUCAUUAUGUUGACAGCCACUGGGGUAAAACUUGUUCUUUGGAUUUACUGCAGAAGCUCUAGAAAUAAGAUUGUUCGAGCCUACGCAAAGGACCAUUAUUUUGAUGUGGUGACAAAUGUGGUUGGUUUGAUUGCUACUGUUUUAGGCGAUAAAUUCUACUGGUGGAUUGAUCCUUCUGGAGCUAUACUUCUCGCUUUCACGAUUUCAAAUUGGUCAGGAACCGUGUUGGAAAAUGCAGUUACUCUGGUGGGACAAUCAGCUUCUCCAGAAGUGGACAUAGAGCUUCCAGAGGAUUUGCCAUUGAAAGAAGCCCAUGCAAUUGGAGAAUCAUUGCAGAUAAAGAUUGAAGAGCUUGCCGAAGUUGAAAGGCUUUUGUUCAUCACGAUUAUGAGUGUGAUCACAAACCAGAACACAAUAUUCUCAAGUAAUAUUAAGCUUCAAAGUGAGCAGAGAGAAGAGUGUAAGGGCAGAAACAAUGAGCAACCAGUCAUCAAACAGGUGAACAAUGCAGGUAUUACUGGAAUAAGUGUAGAGGGAGAUGUUUUAGUUGCUAAAGAGAUAAUUGAGGCAGAUGAAGUUUCAAUUCCUGGUGACACCAAGCCACAAGAAGCUAAGAUCACGGCAAAUGGAAAAAUUGUUCAGACAUAUGAAUGGGCAAAACAAUGUUUGCAAACUAACUAUUAUGGUACAAAGAGAAUGGUUGAAGCAUUUAUUCCACUCUUAAGGUUGUCUGAUACACCAAGGAUUGUGAAUGUGUCUUCUCUCAUGGGUAUAUUGAAGUUUCAGUCCAAUGAAUGGGCAAAACAAGUGCUAAGCAAUACAGAAGAACUCACAGAAGAUAGUGUGGAUAAUGUGCUCAACAAGUUUCUUCAAGACUUCAAAGAAAACUCAUUGAAAGUCAAUGGCUGGCCGAAACAUUUACCUGCAUACAGAUUGUCGAAAUCUGCCAUUAAUGCCUAUACAAGGAUUAUGGCCAAGAAAUACCCUAAUUUCUACAUCAACUGCGUGUGUCCUGGAUAUGUGAAAACUGAUAUAAAUGCCAAUACCGGUCCAUUGACUGUUGAAGAAGGUGCAGAUAGUUUGUUGAAGCUGGCAAUGAUGCCGGAUGGGGGAGCCGCGCCUCCAUCUGGACUUUUCUUUUACCGGCAGAAUGUAUCGGCUUUCUGA